CGAAAAAGACGGUCAAUGAUGCGGAUGUUGCUAUGGACGGCGGCCUCGCUCGGGCUCACCGACGCAACGAGCUCAGUCGUGUUUCACGUGCUGGCGCCGGUGGCCGGCGGGCCGUCGACCGCCUUCAACCACCAAGCGCAACUGGUCGCUGCGGCGAGCCUCAACCAAACCAACGUGUGGACACUCACAACAGACAUCAAUGCGUCCUCGUUGCCGCUCUCGCUGCUGAGCAACCUGGAGCCAGCCACUCCGGGCUCGACGCUCGUCGUCAAUGCAUCCGUCGAGGUCGACCCGUUCUUGAUUCAAGUGGUUUUUAUCAACGACACGCUCCUCGCACCGCCAGUUGUGUGCACCACGUCGUGCGACGCGACCAACCAAGCGCAAGCCGCCCACGCGAAUUGGCUGGAAACGACCCUCGGUGCCAGUCGCAGCCAGUGGCUCUUUGUCGUGGGGCAGCGACCGCUCUGCCAACUCACGACCGCACUAAGUUCGGUGCUGCAGGAGCACCGCGUCGACGCCUACUUUGGUCUUUACAGCGCCAAGUCGCAAGUGAGCCAAGUCGCCACCAAUGCGACGGUCGUCACCGCGUUCGCGUAUGCACACGCGGCCGCUGCGCCGACCUCGUGUCCGAGUGUCUUUGAGACGUCGCCGGUCCUGAGCACGAUUUCGGCGCACGUCGUCUCCAAGUACGCCAUGCAGGUUUCCGUCCAUACCGACAGCACACUGGGCACCUACGCUUUGAGCCAAACCCGCCUUCUCAAGAGCUUUGAAGCCAGCGACGCGACGACCGCAACGUAUGUUCCGUGGGUCAUUGUUGGCAGCUUCGUGUUGCUCUGUGCGCUCAGCAUUCUCUACGGGCUCAAGUACAAGGGACUCAAGCUCCAGAAGCACCGCCGGUUCCCACGCCAGAGCUUGUCGACUGACAUGGACGCGAUUGCGACGCUGCCCCGGACAUCGUCGGCGGUCGACUUGGAGAUCGAGUCGAUGACCGAGGUGCGGGACCGACCGCUCGCGUGGCAUGUCGAGAGCAGCGCGCGCGUCUUCGAGGCGAGCUGCAAGUACAAGCAGCUUCGCGCCCUCCCGCCGCCGAUACUGUCGUCGGCCACUCCAAACGACGAUAUCGUGCUCCUGGACGCGUCGAUGAACCGGCUGCGGCAACUGCCUUCCCUUGCCAUGUGGCCCAACCUCCGAGAGCUCCGCGUGCAGCUCAACCAGCCCAAGCUCACACACGUCGCUGGUCUCGAAGCGUGUCGCCACCUGCGGGUGCUCAACGCCGCGACCAACUUGAUCACGCACGUGCACGGACUACCAGCUGCCAACGCCCUCGUGAGCCUGGACCUCUCGUGCAACGAUAUUGGAUCUCUGGAUGGUCUCGCCGUCUGUGUGCACUUGCAAACGCUGCUUCUGGAUGAGAACAAGCUCACGACUCUACGCGGCAUCGAGAGCCUUCGAUCACUGGAGCGGCUCUCGGUGCGUCGCAACCAGCUGCGCGACGACUGCAUGGGGUCGAUAGCGCCUCUUCAGCAGCUGCGGUCGGUCGCUCUGAGUUAUAAUCAUCUCGCGAAUCUCGACGAGCUCGUCAAGACCGUGCUCUCGCUCCCUUUGCUCGAAGAGUUGGAGGCGCUGAGCAACCCCGUGACGACCGGCGACGCAUACAAGUACCGUCUAUGCCAACACACGCGUCUCGAGCAUCUGGACAUGAAGAAGAUCCUGCCGACGAUGCGGCAAACGCUGGCCAAAGCGGCGGAUGCCAAUGACGUCGCGUCCUUCGUUGCCGAGACGACACAGCUCUACAUGGACCACAUGCAGCAGCAGAAGCGCGUCCUGGACGACGGCCUGCGCUUGUACAAGGCGCGGGAAGCCAUGCUCACGGCCGCGCACGACGAGUGCAUCGCUGGCCUCCACGCCGACCUCGCCGAGUGCGUGCAGUUCGCCCGCGGCCUCUCGCGCCACGACAAGUGCGUGCUUCGAUCGGCGCGGGUUCUAAGCCACUGUAGGGCAUCGUAUCUUGUCUCGAAAGCUGGCCUCGAGGAGUGGAAGCACAUGCUGGUGACCACAAUGGCCGCGCAACAAGAAGAGGAAAAGAAAGCUGCAGAAGUGGCCGCGAGGAAUCGCCACGCGACGCUACUGCAGCGGGUCCGGGACACAAGUCCCGAGCAGCAGUUGCGGGAGCUCGCGGCCCACCGCCCGCACGUGUGGCGGGACAUCAAGGUACUCGCAUUGCAGCAGCGUAUGGUCGACGAAGAGGCCGAUCGGAUGGCCUCCGAGGCCCGGCACAUCGAGCUGGCGGCGCAAGCGCGGAAUAAAGCCAUGGAGCGAGACGCCCGCGUCGAGCUCGUCUUGGGCCUUGCCAAGGACUCGAAGCUCCACGAGGCGCCAGAGUACACGGCCACAUUCCGUCGGCUACGCGUCCGAGGCGACGCGCUUGCCAAGCGACGGGCUGCCGCGAGAUGCAUUCAACGGGCCUACCGCCGCCACAAGCGCAAGGACUUGACCGAUCUCCAGGCACCGAGCGCCGUCGCCGUCGUUGUCGACGCGGUCGCACCGCCCAGCAAGUCUCGGUUCGCGCUGCCAUGGCGCAAGAGACGCGUCUAAC